AUGGUAAGUUAUCGCAUUUUGGUCUGUGGACGUUUUCUAAUCGCUUUUAUAGCCUUCUCAGAAGUCUUUCCGCACUAA